UUUUGGGGAGGCUUGUGUGUGCAGUUGUGUAUGUCUGUGGAUACACUCUCAGUGGUCGUUCUUAGAUAGCCUAAGAAAAGCACAUUUCACUUCACAGGCCUGUGCUGAAAAGAAUUGUGUAAGUCCUCAAUAAAUGUGACAGAAAUAAAUACCAUGUGCAGAUGAAAAAACUCUUUAAAACUCUUUUAGCUGACAUGGAGCAGAGUCAUUAUCACUCUUAUUUGCUCCAUCACAACCUCUUCAACCUUUGAAAAUUCAGGAUAUCAUUAUGCAGGUGGCCAGCAGAAAUGCCCUACCUUGUUCUAUCUGCAGUACUCCCCAUUCGAUGUGGGCUGGUCUGUGUAGGAUUGUUUCUCGGUGAGUCAUGCAGAUCCCUCUGUAGUUUCUUCUAGGCAGUGCUGUGGUAUGCGUGAUUAGUGGUCUCUGAGGGUGACAUUGUUUCCUGAAUGAUGUAACUGAAAAUUCCUCUUCCUGUGCUUCUUGUUUCCUGAUCAGUUUUCUCUUUGUUCUCAAAGACAUUCCAGCAGCUGCACAUCUUUUAUUCCUGAUCUUUUAUUCCUACGAAUCUCUGUGAAGACAAGUUAUGUCAACAGCUACUUUAAUUAAUUUGGUACGAAACGGAGGGUAUCAAGUAAGGAGGAGAGCCGUGCUGACGUCCCGCCUCUUGCAAGACGAGAAGCGUCCGACAGCUGCUUGCUACAGCUCCACCUCAGAGCGCCGUGCAUCCCGCUUCGAUGCAGACGGGAGCGGGCGGCCUACCACAUGGGACACCUUUGGCAUCUGGGACAAUCGCAUUGAUGAACCUAUUCUCCUCCCACCAAGCAUAAAGUAUGGAAAGCCAAUUCCAAAAGUCAGCCUAGCCAAUGUGGGCUGUGCUAGCCAUAUUGGGAAGCGUAAGGAAAAUGAAGACCGGUUUGAUUAUGCUCAGCUGACGGAGGAUGUCCUAUACUUUGCAGUAUAUGAUGGACACGGCGGGGCAGCAGCCGCAGACUUCUGUGAUAAGUACAUGGAAAAAUAUAUUAAAGAAUUUCUUGCUGAAGAGGAGAACUUGGAAAGUGUUUUGAACAAAGCUUUUCUAGAAAUAAACAAAGCCUAUGACAGGCAUGCUCAUCUGUCUGCUGAUGCAACUCUGAUGAACUCUGGGACCACUGCAACAGUGGCUCUGCUCCGGGACGGUAUUGAACUGGUUGUGGCAAGUGUGGGAGACAGUCGUGCUCUGCUGUGUCGAAAGGGAAAGGCAAUGAAACUCACCAUUGACCAUACUCCAGAAAGAAAGGAGGAGAAGGAAAGGAUUAGGAAGUGCGGUGGCUUCGUUGCCUGGAACAGUUUGGGACAACCUCAUGUGAAUGGUAGACUUGCAAUGACACGGAGCAUAGGAGAUUUGGAUCUUAAAAACAGUGGUGUGAUAGCCGAGCCAGAAACAAAAAGGGUUCAGCUGCAUCAUGCAGAUGACAGCUUCCUGGUCCUUACUACAGACGGUAUCAACUUCAUGGUGAACAGUCAGGAGAUCUGCGACUUCAUUAACCAGUGCCAUGAUGCUGCUGUAUCUGCCCAUGUCGUUACUGAGCAGGCAAUGCAAUUCGGCACCGAAGACAACAGCACAGUCGUCAUAGUGCCAUUUGGAGCAUGGGGAAAGUACAAAAACGGUGGGCUCAACUUCUCCUUCAGCCGCAGUUUUGCUUCCAGUGGGAGGUGGGCGUGACGACCUACCACAGCUAUCUUUUCCUGCCAUAACCUGGACACAGCGUGCUACAGGAGAACACAUCCAUCUGUUCAUAGAUUGGCUCAGUGUCUUGUCCAUCUCUUCUGUUCCCAGUGUUAUAGAAGAUGCCACUGUUCCCUCGGUGCAUGAUGCCCCGUCAUUGCUUAUGGCUGAUCGUAUUUUGCUGCAUUUAUUUAUUCCAGUCGGCAUUGAGGCAGCUAUUUCUUUGGGUAUGUAGUCCCAGCAGCUCUGCACAUCACUUUGUUCACGUAGACGAGGUUCUGGGCUUUCACCUAAGGCUGGAGGUGUUGCACAAUUGUUUCAUACCUACCUGUAUUACCCAGGACCCUUGGUCACCUGGCAGCUGCGUAAGUCUGAGUCUCUGAGCCACACACUGGCUUCUUUGUAUGUAAAUAUGUGAGGAAACAAACGCACAAUGUUCGUAGGCAGACAGAGAGCGUGUUUGGUGUCUUCUGCUGUGCAGCCACCCAAAACUCCCCUGUGCUUCAGGAGAAGCGGAUGAAAAAUAAAGAGGAAGUUUCAGAAGCGUUUAGGUUCUGAUGCCAGUGGCAUUUGGUGCGGCUGAACAACUUCCUGAGACACUGCUGCUUUGCAGGGCUUUAUGCUCUCCCCACCAUCAUCCGUGAUCCUCUAGCUCCAAAGAGACGGAGCAGGCUGGAGCCACGUGCUGUUGGACAGGUGGGAACUUUUCUCUGUUGGGUCCAAAGCCUGUACAGUCUCUGUGGACCACACAGCAGCCCCUUGCACUGUCUUCUCUUUGGUGUGCCAGUGCUUGACAGGAGCACAGAGGAGGGAAAAAGCUGCACAUUUUUGAUAUCCGGAGCCUCUCAUCAACUUGAAUUUUUUUUUUUUUUUUAAAGAAAACCAGCUAAUUUCAAAGAGUUUACUAAUCAAGAUUCUUUAGAUGUGCAAGAUGGGAGUUUAUUUCUUCAUGAAUAUAUGAGGAUUUUCCUGCCCUCCACUGAAGAUUUCUUUGAAUUAGUCAUGAUCUCCUGUGUCUCUUCAUGGUAUGCAGGGAGCUGUAAAAUGCCCAAAGCAAGCAAGCUAGAGAAAGGAGAGAGCAUUAUAAUAAGGUAAUUUUUCUAUGUUUGGGGUAUUGUUUCUAGUAGGUGUCAGAUAUGCAGACACCAGAAGGUAGUUUUAUACUUCAAGGAAGCAUUUCCACUUCCCUUUCUGGAGGCAGUCUGCGUCCAGUGAGGCACAGGGGGCCAGAGCUCUGAGCCAGCUCGUAUCGCUGCUGCGACACGGACUGUGGGUGACCUGCUGGCACCAGGGGAAGAUCUGGCCCAGCGUGGCUCCUUCAGAUCUCCUUCCUCCUCCACUCCACAUCAGGUGCACACCUCCUGUGGCCUCCUGGUCACCCUGUUGCAAUGAAAUACGGGCAGAGAAGAAUUGGGCUCUUCUCAGAGUUGCCGCAGUAUUUUUCUCAUUCUGUGGAUGUUUCCAACAGCACAACUGUAAAAACAAAACAAGUGAAAGGGAAGUUGCCUGAUACUAAAUCACCUUGCACUAAGGAAAAGUAUUUCUGAGAUGCCUGGCCUGAUUCUCAUUUUCCAGUGUGAAGUACACAUCUUCAUUACUUUUAGCCCUUUCCUUUUAGCCCAGGGUUACACCUUAGGCAGUCAUUCCACACAUUUUUCCUUGCCUGCGGUCGAAGGCCUAGCAGCACCCAGCAGAGCACAGCGUUGUACUGACGGCAUUAAGUACUGAGUGGGUCGAGAGUACGCUGGUUUUGUCCUUGGUCAAUCACUUGGUGUAUUGUGUGGUGUACAUAAUGUGUAUAUUCGGUUUAUGAGUACAAAGAGCUUGUGAGUCAGCAUAUGUCGAUCUCUGUUGUAUUGGAUGCUGUUGCCCAGGCCUCCAUAACGAGCACAUCGCUGGUUUACAAUAAUAAUCCCUUCUCUCUCCCCAGAUUUUCCCCAGGGCUGGGGUUGAGUCUAUACCUCAGGUCAGAAUGUUUGCUGGUCGUGGUCCUGGGCUCAGCCUUGCUUACCUGAGGCAGGGGGGCACCUUCAUUCGUUACCAGCGAGAGCAGGUUCUCAGUCUCUGGCAAGUUUGAAGAUUCCCACAACCCAUUUGUGGCAAAAAUGACAAAACCCAGCCUCUCCUGAGCACUUGAGGAGAGGUCACACCCGACAGAGGUUCAGAGACCUGCUCUGGGAACAUGGUUACGACUGGUUUGCGCUGCAGCAUGAACAGACGACAGCCUUUCUCCUGCCAAAGAAGUGACCUGCUAAACCAGCCAGUCCGAUAGUCCUAGCAAAGGGUUAACCACAGCACGCAGCAGUCUUACUCCGGGCACAGUGAAGGGUUAGAGUCAAGCUCUGGAAGAGGGAGUUGCUGCGGGGGUGGCUUUGGUAUCAAAUGUCAGACAGGCUUGAGCAGUGCUGUGGGGUUUGGAUAAGCUCCAUCCGCACCGUCCUGUGCCAAAUGCUGCUCAUUUCUGUUCGGCCGGCUGGCCGCCUAUCCAGGCAGAAGAUAUCAAGGGCGCUGGGGGUGUUCGUGACAAGUACACGUGGAUCUUUUUGAGCAGUGCUGGAUACUUGCCAAGCUGAAGAAAUGGUAUUAAAUGCAGGCUGCUAAUGAAAAACACUGCAGAUGAAGAGCAGGUGCUCUGAGGAAUGACCUGGCUGUUAAGAGUAGCUUCUAAACAUUGACCCAGAUGUAACACGAAAUGGCAGUUUUUCCUCUCAUUGGAGGUUUUGAGGCAUUUUUUUGUUUAUCCCUAUCUGGUUACCUGAUUUCAUAGAGAACGAAAGUGCUUGGGGGCUUUUCUUUCUUCUAAUAACAGAGUAGUUAUCCCCUCGGAGGAAGGAUCCAUCCAUAACUUCUUUUAAAUUUUACAAAGUAAAGCUUUGCAAAACAGAAGAUGAUUAGGUGAAGAUGUAUUGGCCGUUGCUAUUACUGCCUUUGUACAGUCAAAGAAAAUGUUAGAUUGGAAAGGACUCCUGGGUGGGAUCUAGCCUAGCCUCCUGCUCAACGCUGACUUCAGAGUGGCAUACCGCAGUGAAGGGAGGGCUCCUGACGUGGAAAUGCAGUGCCUGAAAAGGGACGGGAGAAAGAAUUGAGCAUCCAGUGUGGUUUACCUGUGGAACCGCUUCAUUCUAUUGAAGUUGAAAACUUACCAGUGUUUAACAGGCAUUUGGUACAGCUAUCACUAAGUUUCACAAAUAAAUUAGCACAUACAUAAAACUAAGACACGAGCCAUUUUGCCCUAAGCGAAAGCGAAUCAGUGGCAGACAGGAGGUUACAGAGCUGCAUUGCUUACACACAGGUUCACUCUAGUUUUCUGCAUCUCAAUCUGAAGUAAACAAGCUACUGAUGGAGAUGAAAUGCUUUGCCAAGUGGCCCAGUGGUCUGCCUGUUCCUCCUUCCAUUAAGAACAGAGGUACCUUCACACUGGUUUGUGUGGAUUCCUUACUUCGUGCUGCACAUGGCAAGACUCUUGAGCGCCAGCUUGAAAAACGUAGCAUUUUGUAGAAACACUCCAUUACCGGGACCGUUGGUGUCUGCCCCCGAAACACAAUACCGUUUUUUCCCACCAAGACGACGGUGAACUCCCCUAAGAUUUAGUGGGGCAGCUGCACCAAACCUUGUUUUUCUCUCAAGAAGUUGGGAAAAAACCUGCAAUUUCCUGGGUGAUAAAUUUUUCAUCAUUUGACACUUCUCACUGAAGAGUCAUUAGAACAAGUCCCUGCCCUUACAUUUCAGUUUUGGGGCUGUUUGGACACCGAUAGGGUGUUGGCAGAGUGAGCUUUGCCAGCACGUUCAUGUGUCGAGCGGGACAUAGGUGUAUGGCACUGAGCUUGGAGUGCACGGACUGUGAAGUCGGUGGAGUAAAGCCGUGUUAGGGAAAAUGGAAGUGGUUUGCAGUAGUGGUACCAGGGGAUCAGGUUAGCAGUGCUGUGGUAGCAUCUGGCCACGAUAUUCUUUGCUUAUUACAGACUGAACUGAACAUUAAGGGUGACCUGGUGAGCAAACCGUAACAAGCGUUUGCUUUUUUCCUGCCUUUUAGGCAUGGAUUCUGAACUCCAGUGGAGCUGGUAAGAGUACUUUCUUGCCUGAAAACGCUCCCCCUGGUGCAGUGGUCUCUCUACGGUACAGGCAGUGCAGGGGGGUGGGCUGUGGGUGCAGAAAGGCGAAAAAUGCUGCCCAGCUAGAUACUAAUUUUUACUGUGAGGAUAUGGAAGGCACAGGGGGCCUCAUUUUGCUGGAGGAUUUACUAGGAGAGGUGUUGAGACUGCAACUGGAGUUCCAGCUCUGUCUGCCACCUGGAAAGGGGGUUUUCACACUUUGUAGAAGGAACUCACUAAAGCAUCGUUUGCAGCCUUGAUUUAGGAGAGAUUGGGGUCUCUCUGGAAGGUGAACAUAGUGCAGGAGAUUGAAAUGGGGAUGAGAUCCGACAAGUUUGUUUAACACAGGGUCCUCAACACAAUCAGUCCCUUUUGGUUGAAAAGCUCAGGGUUGGAGAAUAAUCGUGGAGCACAGUUUGUGGUUGAGAAUGAAGGUGGGGGGAGAAAUCAGCAAUGUUACUGCUUUUUACAUACUCCGGGGAAAUGAAAACUGGGAGGAGCUUAGACUCACCACAGGAUUUCCUCCGACUUCCACGGGAUCGGGGUAUCAGAUCACCUUUUCUGCCUCAGCAGGCGGAUGUGCUGUGGUCAAAGGCAUUGGGAUUUCUACCAAUUUGACCCAAAGGCUAAGGGAGAAGCACAAAAUAACAGGUACCAGUGAAACUGGUUUAGUAUUCAUUUUUCUUAAAUAAAUUCAUCUGGGCACUGCUAGGUCCAUUGGUCACUCACCCAACAAGCUGGAUGUACGGUAUAGCAGCACUCCGGGUAUUCCUGGUUCCAAAGCUGCUGCUGUCAAUGCAGGGACACCCAGCAGAGUGUCCUGACCCAGGAUAUCGGAGUGCCUGGGCAGCGGCGUGUGUCAUAACUGUCUACAGACUUAAGUGCAAUUGUGUACAUUUGUUACAUAGUUUGCCUUAGGACUGUGUAUAAUUCCUGUGGUUUGAUGUUUAUGUUUGGUGUAAUCAGAAUCCAUAAUUCAUCUACUACUACAUUUUACAGAGGUGUCCAUUUUCCCUUUUUUUUUU